UCGGUUGUCCGCGGCCAGCUGGCUGACGGAGGGAAUGAAAAGCGGGGUCGUAUAUUACACGGCCGGGUGGGCUGGCUGGGGCUGGGUCACGUUAUCCACGACGCUGGUGGCGCCGUUUGCCUCGCGAGAGAUCGAGUGUCUGAUCGGUGUCUCAGUCAUACAGCUGUGUUGUGGAGUGUGACCUUGAAGUGGGUGUCUGGUGGUGUGGUACCGACUUGGUCGCGCCGAGCGGGCGGUGACUGUGCAGAAAAAUGAGUGAGGAGGAACAUAAAAAAGAUACGGACUUCUUCCUGGUAGGUAAACCAGAACAAGCCAUUCCCGAGUCGAAGUUGCCUACGGUGCGCUCCGUAUUGAAGCUCUUUUUCUACGUCAAGAGGCGAACUCCGGACAACAGCACGGCUUUUCGCUCUGUAGUAGACAGCGUGCUCUGCGUUUGGUCAAUGACACGUAUCCCAACGAUGCUGCCGCGAAAUUGUGUUCGGAAACUGAAAAAGUUGUAUGAAGAAUGGCAGGCGCUAGCAAAGAACGAGAAGAGAAAAAGUGACCCCGGCGGCCGCAGAGCCAAGUUCAUUGCCAGCCUUGACCAGCUUUGGGAUGUCGGUGCCACCGAUGCCAUCGAACAGAUACGAGGAAAUCAAAGGCUGACGCAAGACGAGCGGGACAUUGACAUCAGGUUUUACUUAGAUCAGUGUUCGGAAAGAAGAGGCUACAUGUCCGAGAACCAGAAGGUGUUACCCCCGACAAUACGACGGCGUGAACGAAAACGAGAGCGGAAGCGCACGAUUGUUUCUAGGGCCGAUGUACCGCCGGAGCCGGCCGCUCUUGCGAGCAGCAGCGGCACCGGCAGCCUGGCCGUGGCCAGCGAUGCCGAUCAAUUCUUGGACCCAGCCCCGGCGAAGAGGACACGGCUCGGCUCUGCUGUGACGCCCAUUAUUCCCCGGCGUAUCAGGAAGCCGAAGGCCACCAUACCGAUACCAGACGUCGCCACCCGCCCCGCUCAACAGGAAGUCGGAUGACCGUCAACUCGGCGGUGACCUGCUGAGGUGCUGGGACGUGGACCGGUCGGUACUGGAGCGCCGCAACGCCUGCCUCCGAUCACCGACAGCGGUGCUCCGGAGUCAGAUGCGGCAGACAGCGGCCCUGCUCUCCCAGGUGGAGACUGCCGAGCCAGAGGACGCUGAACUGUGUCCUGAAGGGGACAAGCCUCUGGAUGCUCUCGUCAUUGACUUCAGCUGGGACUAGAGCUGGGUCCUGUCCCACCUACUGGGGGAGAGCUGGGUCCUGUCCCACCUACUGGGGGAGAGCUCUCGAUGGUGGCUGCAACAUCCUGCCGGUGUGUGCGAGGGUGAUACAGAACAUAAAUCGUCCAGAGACUUUGUGUGGGGUUUCAGUGCGAGUGUGCAGGCUGUUGAAGACUUCGUGUGAACGUGAUCAACUUCGCAUCAACGUGAUCUACAAUGUCGCUGAGAGGAAGCGUGGAAGCGUGGAAAAAUAACUGCCGAAAGCGGAUGUCGAUCUUCAGGGAAGGUGCCCCUGCGCUCUAAUAUGAAUGCAGCCGCCCCAUGCACCGUUGUGGUGCUCUACCUUACUGCAUGUCGCUACAUUUUGGCCUCCGUCGCAUAUAUUUGCCAAUAAUUAUAUGAAAGAAAAACAUUGACCUUUUUCCUCGAAUCUAUAGCAAAAUUAAUGAAAAAUCACCUUUUUAUUUACGUGAUAUUUCGGCCAACAGACCAUUAUCAAACUAAAGAAAGAACAAAUUGUUCUUUCUUUCGUUUGAUAAUGGUCUGUUGGCCGAAAUAUCACGUAAAUAAAAAGGUGAUUUUUCAUUAAUUUUGCUAUAGAUUCGAGGAAAAAGGUCAAUGUUUUUCUUUCAUAUAAUUGUAUCUAUCAUGUUCCUCGCCAGAGCACUGGCAAACAUUAAUACUAUUUGCCAAUAAAGUCGUCUUUCCCUGUC